AUGAUCUUUCUCUGGAGUGGUAUUAAACGCUGGUUAUGGCCGGCGAGGAGCGGCGUCCAGAGAGACGAGAUAAUAAUCUUCGCAGACGCAGAAAGAGGGCCGAGCGACCUGGUCAUAAUUUUUCUUCGCGGUCAGUUUUAUGACCGCCUCCCUUGGAGCGAGUUCAAGUCAAUCGGAACGUCAGCAACAACUGCAGUGGUCGAGGCUGGGUGGAGAUGCAGGGCAUUGGACUGGAUAGCGGAGACAAUCCGCGAAAAGCGGUUCGACGAGAAGGAGUUGGAUAAACUUCGAGAUGAGGCCAAGGAUAAGCGUAAGCGGAUUUCCAGUUAUAAUUCCUCUGACCCAGUUAGCGUUUUCGAAAGAGACUAGGCAAGAGGAUUGGAUGGCCAAUUGAUCUAAACCACUAGCGAUAUUAGCUAUGCAUGUAUAGAUAUGCAGCCGAUCGUUGUACAUAGCAUCUGUAAGGUAGGCAAUCAAUAAGGUGGCUAUGCAUUCGACCUGACAGGCCGC